UCUUACAGUAACCUAGAGAGAAACAUUUUGCUGUGACGCUGUUAUGUGCAUGGGAAGGCCUUGAUAUGUUGGAUUUGGAUUGGCAUCAUAGAGCCAGGGACCUUGGAACCCCAUCUGACUUGCAGUGUUCUGUCUAUCAGAAUGGUUAAUUUCCUACUCAAGCAGCACGUAAAGAUUAUUGAGUAUGAGAACCGUAUUAGAGCUUACUCCACUCCAGACAAAAUAUUUCGUUACUUUGCCACCAUGCGUGUCUACAACGAGGCUGGCGACUCCGAAAUUUUCAUGUCACCCCAAGACUUCCUUCGUUCAAUAACCCCUGGCACUAAACAGCCUGAAGGCUAUGGACUUGACCAGUACAAGAGAAUUGACAUACGUACCGAUAAUGCUUCUGGGAACGGUUACAAGGUGUCUGCUGACAUGGAUGAGAAAGUAUUUUCAGGACUAAGCGAAGACAGCAUUUUUUACAAGCGAGUUCGUCUGGCUUGAUCAGCUUUCGGAUUACAUUUUCCUGCUCACCAUAC